AUGCGAGGGUGUAUCAAUCAAGUUGAAAUGAGGAAUUCAAGUGGCGCUUCUGAACAAGAUAUCAUGAACGAAGCGAAAGAGAUGUUAAAACUUGAUGGAUCCUAUAAGAAGGGUUUUAAGUUUGAUCAUGUCUGGAACAUCUUGAAAGACUCCGAGAGUUUAUCAAAUGUCACUGCAUCAACUCAGUAUCAACGACACAGUCCUUAUCAAUCACCUAUUUCCGGUCCUGGUUCAUCGUCUGGGACAGAUGCCGGUUUACCGUCGUUGACUAUUCAUGACGUAGAAGGUACUCAAAGACCAAUUGGUGUGAAAAAGGCAAAAUCAAAGCUACAAUCUGAUAAUAAGCUAGAUAAUUUAGUUAAGGCUAGUAAAAAAAUGAAGAAACAAAUGGCUAAAACCACUGAAGUUAUGAUGCGAAGGAAUGAGCUUCAAGCUCAGAAACUUGCAUUAGAGGCAAGGUUGGCGGAUGACAAACUUAUGUGCACCGAUCUAACCUCUAUCACUGAUCCUAUGUGGCGAGAGAUGCCAAAUGAUCCGUUUGAGAACGUUGGGUUAGAUGAAACAACCGAAGAUGAUGGAGAACAAGACGUGGAUAAUGUCACUUCUGUUGGGACAUCAACUGAGUGGACUGCAUUUAGGAAUAAUUUGGCACAACAUAUGUUUGAGGCUUGGAAUGCUACGCAUUGA